UGUGGGCAUGGAGGGCUGCGGGUAGGGGGGUCCCCAGCCGGGGGCCUCCACACAGGGGUCCCUGACCAGGCUCCCCCUUCCCACAGUGGGUCCCAGCUCCUGGACUGUGACAGCUGAGCUCAGACCCUCCAGUGUGGACCCUCCUGUGCCCACUGGCCAUGGGCAGCCACGAGAAGGAUCCAUCUUCUCCCAAAAAGGCCCUGUCACGCUCCAACAGCACUGUGUCUUCCAAGCACAGCAGCAUCCAGCAGGGCUCGGAGAGCUGGGAGGUGGUGGAGGAGCCACGAACUCGGGGCAGCCCAAGCCGGGAGCCGGAGAGGCAGGAGGGCUACCUGCUCAAGAAGAGAAAGUGGCCCCUGAAGGGCUGGCACAAGAGGUACUUUGUGCUGGAAAAUGGCAUCCUGAAAUAUGCCACCACGCGCCAGGAUGUCCUCAAGGGCAAGCUGCACGGUGCCAUUGAUGUCCGUCAGUCUGUCAUGUCCGUCAACAAGAAGGCGCAGCGGGUGGAUCUGGACACAGAGGAGAACAUUUACCACCUCAAGAUCAAAUCUGCAGAGCUCUUUGCCAGCUGGGUGAGCAGCCUCUGCUCCCAUCAUCAGGGGGAGAGUCCAGACCCAUUCGCUCCUGCCAGGAGGACCCCCACCUCCUCACAGGGUCCAUGGACACGGAUCAUGCCCUCUGGCAGUGCCCCUGCCCUGUCUGCCCUCGCCAGCUCCAGGGACAAGGUGGAUGCAUGGCUGAAGGACAGUGAGGGGCUGGAGCGCUGCUCAGCUGAGCUGUCAGCAUGCCAGGUACAGCUGCGGGAGCUGACAGAGAUGCUGCAGAGCCUCGAGUCCCUGCACCGCAUCCCCUCCGCGCCCCUCAUCUCCAGCACUCAGCCCUCAGCUGCCACGGAGAGGCCCAAGAAGGGUCGGAGGACCACCAGGAUGUGGUGCACUCAGAGCUUUGCCAAGGAUGACACCAUCGGACGGGUGGGGCGGCUGCACGGCUCCGUUCCCAACCUUUCGCGUUACCUGGAGCCCAGCCAGGGCCAGCUGCCCUUCAGCCUGCCGCCUGAGUACAGCCAGCUGCAGCGCAGCUUCUGGGUGCUGGCACAGAAAGUGCACGGCUCACUCAGCAGCGUGGUGACAGCACUGAUGGCUGAGAGGGCUCGCCUGGAGGACAUGCAGCGGGCAUUGGAUCGCCGGCGCUCAGCCCCACGUCCCGGCAGUGCUGGUCCCACUGGGGCUCCCCUGCCAGGCCUGGAGCCACGGGAUGGGCUGCAGCGCUUCCAUUCGCUCUCCGUUUCCUCUGACACCACUAUGGACUCCUUUGCCUCACUACUCCCUGAUGAGCCCGACAUGCUGCCUGCCAAGGGCCGGGAGCAGCAGCGCUCGCAGCGCAGCAUCGCCUCGCUGGCCGACUCGCACACUGAGUUCUUCGAUGCUUGUGAGGUGUUCCUCUCUGCCAGCUCCUCUGAGAAUGAGGCGUCAGAUGAUGAGUCCUGCAUCAGUGAGGCUACCAACAGUAUUGAUGAGGACCUGACCGAGCCGGGGGGGCCUGGACGUCCCCAAACAGGAAUGGACAGCCUAGGGGGGCUGGUGGAGCUGCCCCCACUGGAGCUGCCGGGGCCGGGACCGCAGCGUCGGAGCCGUCUGCCUGCCCCCCCUGCACCACCGGGGGAUGUGAGCCUGUGGGGGCUGCUGCGGAGCAGCGUGGGCAAGGAUCUGUCCCGCGUGGCUCUGCCGGUGCAGCUGAAUGAGCCCCUCAACACCCUGCAGCGCCUGUGUGAGGAGUUGGAGUACAGCACACUGCUCGACCGCGCCGCCCGUGCACGGGACCCCCGGCAGCGUCUGGUUUAUGUGGCUGCCUUCGCUGUGUCUGCCUACGCCUCCACCUUCUACCGUGCGGGCAGCAAACCCUUCAACCCAGUGCUGGGUGAGACCUACGAGUGUGUGCGGCCCGACCGCGGCUUCCGCUUCAUCAGCGAGCAGGUAAUGUGGGGCUGGGAGGGAAAGGAGGGGCGUGGGGGGGCCGGAGGGGCAGCGACU